UGAGGCUGGCAGACUGUGAAGUCCACAAGAGACAGAUGUAGCUUGGUCUGCUGGUUGCCUGCGGUGAGCAAAACUUGCAGCAUAAUUCUCAUUAUUUUGAAGUGUGUCCAGUAGUCAGUACUACUACAAAUAUUAGCAACAACAAAACAUAGGAAUAGUACCAGUAGUAAUAAAAAGACGAUAAUACAGAUGGCGGCAGUAAUGUUAGUAACGCUCUCUGUACUCUUUGUCGUCGUUGAAAAUGAAGUCAUUGAACGAACCUCAACGGGUCACAUUUAUGAGAGAGCGGGAGAUAAUACUACGGCAAAAAUGUGCUACAGGAUUAUCUCCCUUUUCCCUCCCAAUCUACGUAAUCACAUCGAUGACACGUAUACUGACAAAUACUCUUCUGAAGAAAAAAUCAGGUUUGAGAACAAUGUCACACACACUGACCAACCUGCUGCUGUCAACACAUCUGAUGAUCAAGUUGAAGGUUUUCAUUCAGUUCAUUGGGACUUCAAUCUUCAAGAUUGUGACAAGAGCUGGCAAACUUAUAGAGUGAGGGGGAACACAGGCACCAUACAGAUUGUUUAUAGUCCAGUCACUGACUCUCAACUACACUCCACUUUUCUAUCUUGCAACUUCGAGCUGGAAGUUCCUCCGAGAAUGGUGGCUCAUGUUCUUGUGAUUAAAAGGUUGAAAUUGAUAUCACUUCUAGUAUCACGCUAUUCGAUGCGGAAAACAGAUUUAUAUUUAGUAAAGAAGUCAUUUUUUUCCCAAAUGAAUUUAUCACAUACUCGAGUAUCGUCAGGUUUAAGCUGGAUAUCAGUAACCGAUAUGCUCUUUAACCUCUGUCUAAACUUCACGGCAGUCCCAGAAGUUAGUCGGCCAAAACUUGUUAUUCAUUUUAUCUCUACGACUAAAGGCUGCAUAGAAACAUCACAGCUGAGUGAAAAUAUAGAGUGGGUUCCUUUUGUAAACACAUGGACUGACCUGGUGGCACCUGAGGACCACGUUAUUCUUAUUAACAUUCAAGCUCUUUAUAAAAACAAAGAAUGCUUCCUUGAAUCUAAACUAUUUUCAGUAAUUUUUCACACAGAGGUCAACUUUACGGAAUAUAAGAUCUGUGAAUUACUUAAGAACACAUACACUGAACCACUUAUUUACCACGAAGGUGUACGUGUGCAGUACAAAAGUUUCGCCACAUUUGACCGGCCCUUCUUCAGAAUACAGUUCUCGUUCCACCACGUGUCGGCACUACCUGUUCAGCUGUCUGAAGGCAGGUGGAACUGCUCGGCCGUGCGAUGGGAGGACAUGCAGCAUCACUUCCCGUGUAACUUUGUGUCUAACUGUGUGGGCGGCGAAGAUGAAGCUGGAUGCUGGUCAGGUGACGGCACGUGCAGCCCGGGGACAUUGCAGGCUGGCGGCCGAUGCUUUUCACUUUCUCGUACAGAGCAGCAAGUAGUGUCAUGGAAUCUUGCCAAUAACUGGUGUCAGCAGCGAGGAUCACGGCUGCCAAGUCUGACCACAAGACAUGUGUGGGACGCUGUGGUAGACCUGUGUCACAAGAUUGACAAAUUGCAUGUAUUCUACGUCGGCGCCAGGUCAGCUCCUCCUACAAUACCCGCGAUGUAUCAGAACAGCUGGAUUUGGUCUGAUGGUACGAUCGCACAUUUCAUAAAAUUCAAGACAUUUAUGAAAUCCGUUUUAAAACCCAGACACUUGCACUAGAAUAUGGCUAGGUAUUUCCGUCUAUACUGGGAUACAUAGGACGUCAGUCACUUGUUGUCCACGUUUGUGAGGAAACCUCUACUGAGAGCUGUCUUUUAUGUGAGAUUCCGGACACCUUGAGGCCAUAUGAAGAAGCAGAACUGCCAGACAUCCAAACAACAGUAACCUCAUCUCGCCUCGUCAAGGUCGCGUUUUCGUAAUUAACGGCUUUCUUCAUUAACUGGAUUUAUAAAA